AUGGAAUGCUGUGUUUGCCAAAGGAUUUUUUCAUCGGGAAUAGGCCUACGUAUCCACCAGGGACGUAUCCAUCAGGUCCGUAUAACCCCUAUUCCAUCUUCAUCACACACCCCGGCUCCCUGCUCCCAUCCUCCAUUACCUCCCACCCCCGACACUUCUCUUCAGACUCUCCUCGGCCAACUCAAGCAGUCAACUCCCAUUAUAAAACGUAUUCCACGCGGUGCCCGGUCGACGGUUUCAGAGGCAUUAGCGGCCGUAAUAAAUAAUUGCGUUAGAAACAACAAUAGUAAUUCGUGGCAUGACCUCCUUACCUUUUCGUUCAAAAUUCUCCAUGUCUCAGAUGAAUCCAACAGUAAUAUUUCCCUAACGCAAAAAAUAAAAAACAACACUUUAAAUCCGUCUAUACCUAUUUGCGAUCCCUCGUCUGGAACCCACAGAAAGAAGUAUGACUUGUUUGGGAAGGUCGAGGAUAAAAUACACGACGGUGAUCUCAAAGGAGCAACACGCCUUUUGUUCUCAAACGACACCUUAGCACCCGACACGCCGGAGACCAAAGCCGCAUUACAGUCCAAACACCCCCCAGGCCCUUCCACCCCGAUUUUUGUAGACCCUCCAUCUGACCCCCCAGGCUGCCUCCACGCCACGGUUAGAGACGUUCUAACAGCCCUCGCCCCGUUUCCAAAAGGAUCGGCGUCUGGUCUAGACGGCAUAUCCCCACAGCAUCUGAUUGACCUUACCAGCUACGGCUCUGGUGUAGCUGGUGAACAGUUGACCACACGCCUCACAAAACUGGUCAAUCUCAUGCUUAUGGGAGAUGUUUGCCCGGAUGUGACGCCGCUGAUAUAUGGAGCAAAUCUUAUUGCCUUGGCAAAAAAGGAUGGUGGCGUGCGCCCCAUCGCAGUAGGUUCUACAUUCCGACGUUUAGCAGCCAAGAUCUGCGUCCGGCUCACUAGAACAAAAUUACAGGCCCUCUUUGAACCAGUACAAGUCGGAUUUGGAACGCGUGGAGGUUGCGAGGCAGCAGUCCACGCUGUACGUACCUUCCUUAAAAGUGAUUCAUGCGAGGUUCUUCUUAAAUUAGACUUAAAAAACGCAUUUAAUUCGGUCAAUAGGGACACUCUGCUAAAAGAAAUUAAAAUACAUGUCCCGGAAAUUUAUAACUUCCUUCUCCAGUGCUACCACUGUCCCUCAAAACUAGUUCAUAAAUCCAAUGAGAUUAUUUCGGCCGUAGGCUGUCAGCAGGGUGAUCCCCUCGGUCCAGCAAUAUUUAGUUUGGCAAUAAAUCCGAUAAUCCACUCCCUAAAUUCAAAAUUAAAUAUUUGGUACCUCGACGAUGGGACCUUGGCCGGAGACGCGCAGACAGUCCUAGCUGAUUUGGUGCAUGUUAAACAGCAUUUCAAUCGCAUUGGUUUAGAAUUAAAUUAUGACAAAUCUGAAUUAUAUAUUUCGGACAAAGUAAAUCCACUAACCGCUUCCCAGAUCGCUCAAAAUUUUAACAACAUUGCUCUUAACAUUAAAUUAGUAACGAAGGACAGUCUGCACCUCCUCGGCUCCCCCAUCUUUGAGGAGGCCAUUCCUCUUCUCUUAAAUAAAUUAACAACAAACUUCAGCAAGUAUUCGGACCGCCUUCUCAAAAUUAGUAGCCACUCUGCUUUAUUUAUUUUAAAAUUCUGUCUGUUCGUCCCUAAAUUCACUUACAUGCUUCGCUGUUGCCCCUUUUGGAAAUUCCCCCAUUUGAUCACACCUAUUGACACUCAAAUGAAAUCCAAAAUUGAAAACAUCCUGAACAUUCACUUGAGCGAACAGGCUUGGACCCAAGCCGCUUUACCAAUAAGGAACGGCGGCCUGGGAACACGCAAAAUUUUAAGUGUGGCUUUGCCUGCAUUCCUGUCUUCAAUCCACAGCACGCUAGAUCUCGCAGGUAGAAUAUUAAAAGCCCCAGCGGGCAUUAACUGCAAGAUUGCAUGUUUGGACGAGGCCACGAAUGCAUGGCUAGCUGGACCGAGUCCAAAUCUCCCAUCCAAACCACAUAAGCAAAGGGCCUGGGAUACAAUAGCGUCCGUCGCCACCUUACAAACUUUAAUAGAGCCUUCAACUGGCAGGGACCGGGCCAGGCUGUUAGCUGUGUCCAAGCCAGAAUCUGGUUACUGGCUCCAGGCAUAUCCCUCGCCCAACACUGGGACUUUUAUCAACCCGGACACUCUUCGCAUAGCCGUCGGUCUCCGGCUGGGAGCUGGGAUCUGCACAGGUCACAACUGUGUUUCUUGUGGGGCUCCAGUGGACCGACUCGGCCACCAUGGCCUCUCCUGCACCUCGGGCGCCGGCCGCCUGUCCCGCCACGCUGCUCUCAACGACAUUCUCAGAAGGGCGCACGUCAGUGCCAACGUUCCCGCCGCUCUGGAGCCCCAGAUUGUGCGGAGCGAUGGCAAGCGCCCUGACGGAAUGUCGCUCAUACCCUGGAAGUCGGGCCGUGCGCUGGUGUGGGACGCCACCUGUACAGACACCCUGGCGGCGUCCUAUCUACCAGCAACUACCAAACGUGCGGGGGCGGCGGCGGACGCCCGGGAACGCCUCAAGGUCUCUAAAUACAGCUGUCUCGGCGCCCAAUAUCAGUUUUUUGCUUUCGGCGUCGAGACACUAGGUCCCUGGGGCAAAGGUGCGCUGGAACUCCACAGGGAGCUCAGCAAAAGGUUGAGGGAGGCAACAGGCGACCCUCGCGCCGGCGGCUUUCUCGCGCAAAGAAUUGCAAUCGCAGUUCAACGCGGGAAUGCUGCCUGCGUGAUGGGCACCCUGCCAAGAGGCCCAGGCCUCUUAUUUAAUUAG